AUGGUGUCACUUAGGAGUACGUUCUGGCUCAUGCUGCCUAUCGCGGCGCUCGGCCAGAUCGACAGGCAAGUCCGAGCCCGGAAAACAUCUCUGCCCACGGCCGGCCGCUCUAACACAAACAGGCAUCGCAUCGUGAGCGAUAACAAUAUUGUGCGGACGAAACUGAUCAACAAUGAGACGACACCUCUUCAGGUUGGAAACGGCAACUUUGCCUUUGGCGUAGACACGACUGGCAUGCAGACCUAUCUGCCGUUCAACACCAUGUCGGUGUGGGCGUGGCACAACGAUACCGAGCCCAGCGGCGGGUGUGUUUGCCCCUUUCAGAACAUGAUCAUGACCAAAGAAGCUGAACGAGCAACCUCCCCAGGAAUAAGAUAUCAGACUACACCGGCGUGCCGAUGGAGACCCACGGCCGCAAUGUCUCUUAUGAUAUACCGGACCCCAAGCUCCCCGACGUCUCGCAGUGGCUCAUCAGCAACCCUAACAGAGUCAACCUCGGCCGGAUCGGCCUCCGCUACAGGAACGCCACGCUGUCGGCGGCCCGCAUCUCAGACACGCGCCAGGAGCUCGACCUCUGGAGCGGCGUCAUCACCUCCACGUUCACCGUCGACGGCCGCCCGGUCAAAGUCGUCACGCAGGGCGACUUUGACUCGGACGCCGUCGUCUUUCGAUAUCGACUCGGAGCUGAUCCAGUCCGGAGACCUGACGGUCGAGCUCGACUUUCCGUACCCGCCGAUCCACUCGACAAAGUACAAGUACGAGGUCUUUGUCGGCGUCUACGACUUUCCGGCCAACCACACGACGAGACUGACGCGCAGCUGCGAGGCGAACACGGCGCACAUUUACCACGAGAUGCAGGCGACGAGAUACAACGUCAACCUCCGCUGGCCGGACAUGAGUCCGCUUUCCCUGCAGAAGGUCGAACCAGAGGGUUCAACGGCCCUCACGGCGCACAGGUAUACCCUAGCACCUGCAUCCGGAAGGGGGGAACAGAAGCCAUCUUCGCUCUCGUUCACGGCGCACUUCUCUCCGCGAAAACGCCUGCCAGAUCUGCCGGAGACGAUCAGGGCGCGCAACACGGAUGGAUGGCACGAUUACUGGGAUCAGGGCGGCUUCGUUGACCUGACCGCCUCGACGAACCCAAACGCAACGGAGCUGCAGCGGCGCAUCAUUACUUCGCAGUAUCACGUUCGCGUCAAUAGCGCUGCAAAAGGCGAGUCUCCUCAGGAGAGCGGACUCAUGUUUUUUUGGGUGCUGCUACCGACCUCUUUUGCCCGGGCCAAGCUCAUGGGCUGGGAGGGCGCUCGAUGGCCCAAGAUGACGGACACGAUGACAGGGCGGAGCUCACAGGCCUCAUCAACGCUCUUCUGCUAUGGCAGCAAGUAUGUCACAAUCGUGUACAGCUCGGAAGAGAACCAUCUGACAAAUGCACAGCCACACCCAAUGUACAUGGCGAUGCUGGCGUAUAAGACCAAGCCAACGCAGGAGACCCUUGAACGGUGGGAUCCGAUACUCGAGGCGACUGCCGACUACAUGGCGUCAUACGCCUGGUACAACGAGUCGUCUGGAAAUUACGACCUCGGCCCUCCGCUGGCUCGGCCUGUUCCCGGGCACUGGACGACAGUCGCUUCCAAGUUGUCAAAACCCCCGCAGGUCGACGGUCUGUACGCCGUGUACGAAGGCGUCAACUCGACGUGGUGGCAGGAUCCUAAACUGAACGGAGAUCCACGGAGCCUCAUCAUGAUGCAGGGCAUCCUGCCCAACACGCCGGCGGUAGAUGAGGAGGUCGGACGACGCACGGCAGAUAAGGUGUGGGAGGUCUGGACUGACCAGAAAAUACGGGGCUGGGGGAGACCGAUCCUAGCGAUCAACUCGGCGAGAGUCGGGAACCCAGAGCGUGCUAUUUAUCACUUGACGGCGUAUGAUUAUUGGAAGUUUGACGAUGCUGGCUUCGCCAUUCGAGGCGGUGACGGCGGGACGCCGCCCCCUUUUGUGCCCGGGAACGCCGGGUUUUCUCUUGGCCGGUCAGUUACCAUUUGCUUUCAGUUUGGUGUCGAUGCUGUCUCGUAG